AAGGCAAAUUGACACUGACAUUGUUAUACGCAUGUCUACGUAGUUCACGCUAUUUACAGGGAGGGGGCACUAGCGUAGACAAACUGUUAGCUUUGACUACCAAGCUUUGCUAAAUCACCGCUCUCUCUCCAAGGAAACAAAACAAUAUAGAAUCGGGUUGACGGCGUGCAACAAGCACAGAUCCUCUCUCGACACGACAACGCGCUUUCCCGUGGAAUGAGCAUUCCAUGCAGCAUCCUAGGUAUGAAUGACGUGGCCUGGCAGGAGACGAGAGGUGGGAUGCUGCAUGCAAAUGGUGCUCCUGAGUCUGGGGGUGUCCGAGUUCAUGGCGGAGGGCCCCUAGCCACAGUUGGCGGAGCUGGUCAGGCUCCUGGAGGGCCACACAUACAGGGCAUGGACAGGGUUCCUAACCCUACCCCAGGUACCCCACAGCCCCCGCUGAGCGGGAGGUCUCAGGAUGAUGCCACAGUAGGGUACUUCUUUCAGAGGCAGCCUGGGGAGCAGCUUGUAAGUUGCACACCUAGCAAGCAUCGCUGGCCUACUGGGGAUGCCAAUCAUAUCGAUCAGACUGCUGCACUCGGGGCUUUCAGUGAUCAAAGCAGCGUAGUCCGUGCAGUGGAUGACAUGAACUAUGAUUUUCAAGCUCUUGCUUUGGAGUCGAGGGGGAUGGGAGAGCUUUUGCCAGCAAAAAAGCUCUGGGAUUCUGAUGAGCUGGCCAAAGAUGGCAGGAAAGGAAUGCUUCUUGGAGAAGAGUGGAGAGACAAUGCAUGGGGAUCAUCUCAUCAUUCAGUGUCUCAGCCAAUCAUGGUGCAGCGACGGCCAGGCCAGGGUUUCCAUGGCAAUGGUGAUGCCAAUUCUGUGCUUUCACCUCGCUCAGAAGGCGGAGGUCUCGGCGUGAGCAUGGUGGAGUACGUCCUGAGUUCGUCCCCUGGUGACAAGAUGGAUGGCCGCUACAGGAAUGGAGGCUAUGGUGCAGGAGAUGCUGACCAAGAUGGGAGAGAGAAAAGUGAUGCGCAAGAGAAGGUGUCGCCUUUUGAAGACGACAAAAGCCCUGAGAUGAAGGUGGGAGAGGAGAGUGAUCCUACUAAAGCCAAUGGAAGAGGUCUGCUGAACGGCAUGGACAGAGACUGUAAAGACUUCAACCCAACUCCUGGAAGCCGUCAAGCUUCUCCCACUGAGGCUGUGGAGAGGAUGGGUCCCAGUCAGACAGGUUUGGAGAUGAUGGGGCAGCACCACCACCCUCAUGCUCUCCAACAGCAGAACCCCUCCCAAAACAAGGUCCAAGCUGAGGAUUUCCAGAACCAGGAGGCCCAGAACAUGGGCGGUAUGGAGCAGCAAGCUGGUGUGGAGUCCUUACAAUUUGACUAUGCUGGUAAUCAGAUUCAGGUGGACUCUUCAGGGACUCCAGUUGGAUUGUUUGACUACAACUCUCAGCAGCAGUUGUUCCAGAGGUCUAAUCCAUUGACUGUUCAACAGCUCACUGCAGCUCAGCAGCAACAAUAUGCACUGGCUGCAGCCCAGCAGCAGCAUCUUGCUGGCCUUGCUCCUGCGUUUGUGCCAAACCCUUACAUCAUUAAUGCUGCCCCACCUGGAGCUGAUCCCUACACUGCUGCUGGGUUGGCAGCAGCAGCAACGCUUGCAGGCCCCACAGUUGUUCCACCACAGUACUACGGCGUCCCUUGGGGUGUGUACCCAGCUAAUCUUUUCCAGCAGCAGCCUGCAUCUACUGCCAAUCACUCAGCCAAUCAGCAAGCAUCCAGUCAAGGGCCAGGGCCAGGGCAACCACAGGUGAUGCGCACUGGAACCAACCAGCGACCUCUUACACCUGGGCAAGGCCAGCAAAGCCAGCAGGAAUCCCUAGCUGCAGCAGCUGCUGCAAACCCUGCGUUGGCAUACACAGGAAUGCCUGGUUAUCAGGUUUUGGCCCCUGCAGCUUACUAUGACCAGACUGGAGCUUUGGUAAUGGGCCCUGGUGCCCGCACCGGUCUGGGUGGGCCCGUUCGUCUAGUCCAAACCCCACUUCUUAUCAACCAUGCAGCGGCACAAGCUGCAGCAGCAGUGUCUGCAUCUGGCUCCGGUAACAACAUGUCUGGUCCUCCAGCCAACGGACUGUACCGCUCCAUGCCUCAGCCUCAACCUCAGCCACAGCAGCAGCAGGCUCCUCCACCCAGCAGCGGCCUGCCCUCCAGCUCAUUCUACGGAUCUGGAUCAGUCCCCAACACCUCUCAGAGCAGCUCUCUUUUCUCUCACACCUCUGCUGCCCCACCACCCCCAAGCUCCUCCCUGGGCUUCAGCAGCACCGGCGGAUCUCUUGGCGUUGGCCUGGGCUCUGCUCUUGGGGGUUUCGGCUCUUCUGUAUCCAGCUCGACCAGUAGCAGUGUAUCCCGCAGGGAUUCCCUGUUGGCAAGUUCUGACCUAUACAAACGAGGUGGCAGCAGUUUAACUCCCAUUGGGCAGCCGUUUUAUAACAGCCUGGGUUACUCCUCUUCACCCAGCCCCAUUGGCCUUACACCAGGUCAUUCCCCACUCACUCCUCCGCCAUCUUUGCCCUCUUCCCAUGGAUCCUCUUCAAGCCUUCACCUAGGUGGCCUGACAAAUGGCAGUGGCCGUUACAUUUCUGCAGCUCCCGGAGCCGAGGCCAAAUACCGGAGCACAGGCAGCACGUCCAGUCUGUUCAAUUCCAGCAGCCAGUUGUUCCCUCCCUCACGGCCCCGCUACAGCCGCUCUGAUGUCAUGCCAUCUGGACGCAGCCGCCUAUUGGAAGACUUCAGGAACAACCGUUUUCCAAACCUCCAGCUCCGUGACUUGCCUGGACACAUGGUGGAGUUCUCUCAAGACCAGCACGGAUCCAGAUUUAUCCAGCAGAAGCUAGAGAGGGCCACUCCUGCUGAGAGACAGAUGGUGUUUGGAGAGAUUUUGCAAGCAGCAUACCAACUGAUGACUGAUGUAUUUGGGAAUUAUGUCAUCCAAAAGUUCUUUGAGUUUGGAAGUGCAGAACAGAAACUUGCUUUAGCCACCCGUAUCCGCGGACACGUCCUUCCCCUGGCGUUGCAGAUGUAUGGUUGCAGGGUCAUUCAGAAAGCCCUGGAGUCAAUUUCCUCAGACCAGCAGGUAAUUAGCGACAUUGUCCGUGAGCUUGACGGCCAUGUGCUGAAGUGUGUGAAAGACCAGAAUGGGAACCAUGUGGUACAGAAGUGCAUUGAAUGUGUCCAGCCUCAGGCUCUUCAGUUCAUUAUUGAUGCCUUCCAAGGACAGGUUUUUGUACUUUCCACACACCCCUAUGGCUGCAGAGUUAUCCAAAGGAUCUUGGAGCACUGCACCCAGGAGCAAACUCUGCCCAUCCUGGAAGAGCUUCAUCAGCACUCUGAACAGCUGGGCCAGAAAUAUCAAGGCGUUUCAUUGGAGAUGACACCCAAAACAUAUUAUACAGUGUCCCGUGAUGCACUGUUCAAGGAUCAGUACGGUAACUACGUCAUUCAGCAUGUUUUGGAGCAUGGCAGACCAGAAGAUAAGAGCAAGAUAGUGGCAGAGGUGCGCGGGAAGGUUCUUGUCCUGAGCCAGCAUAAAUUUGCAAGUAAUGUGGUGGAAAAGUGUGUGAUCCACUCCUCGCGUGCAGAGAGAGCUCUGCUGAUAGAUGAAGUGUGCUGCCAGAAAGACGGGCCCCACAGCGCCUUGUACACCAUGAUGAAAGACCAGUACGCCAACUACGUUGUCCAAAGAAUGAUCGACAUGGCAGAACCUGCUCAGCGUAAAAUCAUCAUGCACAAGAUCCGGCCUCACAUUGCCACUUUGCGUAAGUACACCUACGGGAAGCACAUUCUAGCUAAGCUAGAGAAGUACUACAUGAAGAGUGGAUCUGAACUGGGUCCAAUCGGCGGUCCCGCGAAUGGUCUGCUGUAGUCACGUACACAUCCCAGGUCCCCUGAACAAGUGGAGGAGUAGGAGCCCCAAACCCCCUGUUCUGUCUGAGAUGUGCUCCUUAGCCAUAGGGGUUAGCCUUUGACACCCUCUGUUAUCCCAUCAAGUGGGGGGGCAAGUUACCAAAAAAACAAGACAAGUCAACUUCACCUAAGAACGCUGUGACAACUGACCCCUGCCACUCUGCCACCCCUGGUGCAGGUCCCCAGCAUGGCCCCCAGGGGGUGCACAGUCAGCAGGCUGUUUAUUCUUUUUGUUUUUCUUUUGUUUUCCUCCUUUUUGUUUUUUUUCUUUUCUUUUUUUUCCCUGGGUAAAGCACAAGCCCAUUGUUAAUGAUGUAAUUGAUGUAUUUGACUGGUUUUCAUAUUAUCUUGUACAUUUAGUUUUUUACCUUGUAAAUUCUCUGUAGAAAAAGAAAUUAUUACACAUUUGCUGAAAUUUACAGUUCUUACAAUUAACACCAGCAAGUGACUUUAUAAAGGCUAAACUGAGUGAUCCUUUUAAAACACGAUUCCAUUUGUUUUUGUAAACAGACAGCUGUUCUUAUUAAGCUUAGGCAAUUUAUUAUAAUAUUUGUAUAUUAUCCCACACACAGUUUAAAGAAAAAAGAAAAAGGAAAAAAAAAGUGUUUUCCCAUGCCAAAGCAGCUGAUGGAUUAGUUUUCAAAUAGCAUCACAUAGUAUGGAUGGACAGAAAUCCUUCCAUCCACAAGCGAGUACUAUGCGUCACGUGCCACAGUCACCCAGAGGUCUUUGAGGCCGCUUUGCCAGCUCGGGGUUUGGAGAUUGGUGCUUUACUCUAGGGUAGCGUUUGCCAGUGGUGGUUUUUUUUUUUUUUUCUUGCCUCGUUUUUUUCUUUUGUUUGU